AUGGAGAUGAUGAUGUACCUGCUGCUGGUGGCUGCUUGCUGGGUGCCCCCGUCGCUCGGUGCCGCUGCCAAGGACCUGACCUGCCAGGAGAUCACCGUGCCCCUGUGUAAGGGCAUCGGCUACAACUACACCUACAUGCCCAACCAGUUCAACCACGACACGCAGGACGAGGCUGGCCUGGAGGUGCACCAGUUCUGGCCGCUGGUGGAGAUCCACUGCUCGCCCGACCUGAAGUUCUUCCUGUGCAGCAUGUACACCCCGAUCUGCCUGGAGGACUACAAGAAGCCGCUUCCUCCGUGCCGGAGCGUGUGCGAGAGAGCCCGGGCGGGCUGUGCCCCUCUCAUGCGCCAGUACGGCUUUGCCUGGCCGGAUCGGAUGCGCUGCGACCGGCUGCCGGAGCUGGGCAACCCGGACACGCUGUGCAUGGACUACAACCGCACCGACCUGACCACGGCGGCGCCCAGCCUGCCCGAGCAGCCCCAGCGGCCGCCCAAGGCGCCCAGCCACCCGCACAAGGGCGGCAGCAACAGCAAGCCACGCGUGGAGCCCCCCAGGAGCAAGCCCAGGGCCCCCACCGGGUGUGAGCCAGGUUGCCAGUGCAGGGACCCCAUGGUGCUGGUGUCCAAUGAGAGGCAUCCGCUCUACAACAGGGUGAAGACGGGACAGAUACCCAACUGUGCCAUGCCCUGCCACAACCCCUACUUCACCCCUGAGGAGAGGACCUUCACCACCUUCUGGAUCGGGCUCUGGUCGGUGCUGUGCUUUGCCUCCACAUUUGCCACUGUGUCCACCUUCCUGAUAGACAUGGAGAGGUUCAAGUACCCCGAGAGGCCCAUCAUUUUCCUGUCUGCCUGUUACCUGUUGGUGUCCGCUGGCUAUCUGGUCAGGUUGAUCGCUGGCCACGAGAAGGUGGCAUGUAGCAGGGAGCAUGACCUGGAGCACAUCCACUAUGAGACCACUGGACCUGCCCUCUGCACCCUGGUCUUCCUGCUCAUCUACUUCUUUGGCAUGGCCAGCUCCAUCUGGUGGGUUAUCCUGUCACUCACCUGGUUCCUAGCGGCUGGCAUGAAAUGGGGCAACGAGGCCAUCGCUGGCUACUCUCAGUAUUUCCACUUGGCAGCCUGGUUGGUGCCCAGCAUCAAGUCUAUAGCUGUGCUAGCCCUCAGCUCAGUGGAUGGGGACCCAGUGGCUGGCAUCUGCUAUGUGGGCAACCAGAACUUGGACAACCUGAGGGGCUUUGUCUUGGCCCCCUUGGUCAUCUACCUCUUCAUUGGCAGCAUGUUCCUGCUGGCUGGCUUUGUGUCUCUUUUCAGGAUCCGCAGUGUCAUCAAGCAAGGUGGCACCAAAACUGACAAACUGGAGAAACUUAUGAUCCGGAUUGGAAUAUUCAGCGUACUUUACACUGUGCCUGCUACCAUCGUAGUGGCAUGCUUCUUCUAUGAGCAGCACAACCGUCAGGGUUGGGAGAUGGCACAUAACUGCAACUCUUGCCUUCCCGAGCUGGCACAACCCCGCAGGCCAGACUAUGCUGUGUUCAUGCUAAAGUACUUUAUGUGCCUGGUGGUUGGCAUCACCUCUGGGGUAUGGAUUUGGUCAGGGAAGACUUUGGAGUCCUGGAGGGCUUUCUGCACACGCUGCUGCUGGGGCAGCAAAGCAACUGGUGGCUCUAUGUACAGUGAUGUCAGCACCGGCUUGACAUGGAGGUCUGGCACUGCCAGUUCGGUGUCUUACCCAAAACAAAUGCCCUUAUCUCAGGUCUAACAAAACAGAAAAAAGGGGCUGGGGGGAAGGGACCUGGGACACUUGAUGGUCUGAGACCUGCCAAUCUAGCCCAA